GUUCCUUGUUAUUUCCGGGCCCAUCUCUGGAAGAUGAAAACCCCCAAACUGCCUGGCAAUGAUCAAGAAGCCUCUAUCCAAUUUGUUAGAUUCCGCACACCACACGCUAAACAAUCUAUUUAUACACAACAUUCAAUCCAUUCACGGUCAGCUCAGAUCAGAUUCAUACUAACAACCAUUCUAUUCUAUCUGCCAUUAUUUCAUAAUUCCAAUUCAAAAAAAAAUGGAGAAUAAGAAUUGGCAGCAGUACCAACGCGUGUUCGACUGUUUUGACGAGAACAGGGACGGGAAACUAUCGCCGGCGGAGCUGCAACGGUGCAUGGCGUCCAUCGGCGACGACUUGUCCUUAGAAGAGGCCCAAGAAGCCAUCUUGAGGAUGGGUUCUGGCCCAGAUGGGUUGCUAGGGUUUGAGGAGUUCGUGAGAUUGUUAGAGGAUGGAAGCGAUGAAGACAAAGCUAGGGAUUUGAAAGAGGCGUUUUCGAUGUACGAGAUGGAUGGGUGUGGGUGCAUUACGCCUAAGAGCUUGAAGAGAAUGCUGAGCAGAUUGGGGGAGUCCAGAACCAUUGAUGACUGUAAAAACAUGAUAGCUCACUAUGAUCUCAAUGGGGAUGGUCUCCUCAAUUUUGACGAGUUUAAAGUUAUGAUGUCUUGUUAAUUAAUGUUCCUAGCUUAGUAUUAUUUGCACUACUGCUUCAGUCUUUCAAUUCUUCUGUUUGUAUGUAGUUAGAUUCCAUUCUUUUUGUACAGCAAACACUAUUUAUUUACCUCUCUACUUAUUCUUUAUUCAUCUCAUUUAUCUUAGCUUAUACAAAAUUUGACAGAUUUAUAAUGGUA